AUGACUGGCGCCGCUCCAAUAGACAUCGCCACGCGACAGUCGACCUCAGUCUCACCGCCGGGACAGCAGGCUUCAAACCUAACGUCGGCCCUGCAGAAAGCCGGCACUGGCGAGCGCACCGGAAGUAUAUCGCAUCACGCGAGUGGUGGUCUCGGGGUGUUCAAACAACCGCCGCCUCGUAAGGAUUCAAUCGGCGCCGCAAAUGCACAAUGGGGAAACGGGACAAAACCUAUCUCAAUGUCGGGUUCCGCCCGCGAUAAAGGUCGUCGGGAAUCUCUCGCUGGGAGUCUGGUAGGCGGUAUGAGCUGGGGAGGUAUUUCAGUAGGAAGCUGGAUUCGUGAUGACAUCAUCAUGACUGGCACGUCCCCCUUCACCUUCCAGUCGCCUUCUUUCCACUCCUCAUCAUAUCUCCCGAAGCUGGAGGCCAACUUCAUGCGGGACUUUUCCUGCUGCGGUGUGACGUUACCGACACUUCAUGACCUAUUACAACACUACGAAGAAGCCCAUGCGACCAAGUCGCCCAACCAAGGCCAUCGUCCGAGCCAGGGUGAGAAUCGAGCUGCCUUGGCAGCUGCUGCGAUCGCCCAGCAACAAAGUCAGCAACAUGGCAAUCAAGGGCACGGCAUGCAGUCUGAUCGUACUUUGGACAUGCAGAGGAAGCUGGGCCAGACCACCUCUUCGUCAUCCCAGCAUAUCGAUCUAGACACGAUCGAUGACAUGGAGUUGGACGAGCCUAUGGACGAUGAUGAUGGCACCACCUCACAAUUGUUUUCUCCUCAGUUACGCGAAGGUGGCCAAGGCGGAUUCGGAAACUCCAACCAAGGCUCCCAAUUAAAUCUGGGAAUGCUUCCAAGCCACCAGGGCUUCAGCACCCCGUCUCAACCUGGUACUCCGAUUGGUUCUGGACGUCCUCUUUCGCUGCAGAAUAACCCCACCGUCUCCUCUGUCAAUACUCCCACUUUAAUGGCCAACCCUCUUCAAACCUCCCAGUUCCGAAAUACCCCAGAUUCGUCAGCACCUGGAACACCAGUUGAAAUCGAUGAGAGCAUGAUAGGCGGGUUUGGUGAUCUUAAUAUGCAAAAUAACGUCAUGGGUCAAAAUCAAAACCAAUUUGGGCACUACGGUGGUGGUAACAGUGAUAUGGUUGAUUUGUGCAUCGAUGACCCGGCUAAGCGUCUGUUCAGCCCUACGGGAGGCAUGGGCGCGACAAGUUCACAAUUUAAAUUGAGUGGAGCUCAGUACGGUCCUAAUAGCGAUAUUGCGAGAAGAAUCCGUGAGCAACAGCUUCUCGCUGGGGUACCAGAUACUACAUCGAUUCUUCCUAAUGAAGAGCCGAAACCAUUCCGAUGCCCUGUUAUCGGCUGUGAGAAGGCAUAUAAGAACCAGAAUGGGCUUAAAUAUCACAAAGCUCACGGUCACAAUAAUCAACAGCUACACGAUAACGCCGAUGGUACAUUUUCCAUAGUCAACCCAGAGACAUCAGCACCUUACCCCGGCACCCUCGGUAUGGAGAAAGAAAAGCCUUAUCGCUGCGAAGUAUGCGGUAAACGAUAUAAGAACUUGAACGGACUCAAAUACCACAAAUCACACUCGCCCCCUUGCAAUCCCGACUUCCAGAUUGCAGGUCGAAACCUUAACCUUGGCGGUGGUGUUAUGCAAGGUCAAAACAUCAACGUUGCUGGAGCUGGACUCCCCGGGAUCGGUGAAGAAGGCCUUCUAUGA